UUAACGGAUUGGAUGGGUUUGAACUGCUAACCUUUAGGUUAGCAGCCAAGCACAAAUCAUUUGUGUCGUUGAGGGAAGACAGAAAUAGAUUAGGUCGUUAUAAGACCUUCAAACGUUUUUGCAAGCAACUUCUAGAAGAAGAGUUUUUCAGAUUAUGAAUUGCCAAGGCUCUAGGCUGCUCUUCAGUUGGCAGGUGUAGUGGACUUUUGAGUACGAGUUUGUUUUGGUCCAGUGUGGUUUGAAGAUAAUGGUGCUCUUGUUUUAUUUAGGCGUUACCAGGAGAAGAGAGCUGAAGUAAUGAGAAGACAUCAUGGAGGCCCAGUUCCACAGCUCCACGACCACUGAGAAGAAGAAAGUUGAGAAUUCCAUCGUGAAAUGCUCUACUCGCACAGAUGUCAGUGAGAAAGCGGUUGCCUCCAGCACCACUUCCAAUGAGGAUGAAAGUCCUGGACAGACCUAUCACAGAGAGAGAAGAAACGCAAUCACCAUGCAGCCACAGAGUGUCCAGGGGCUCGGCAAAAUCAGCGAGGAGCCUUCCACAUCCAGCGACGAGAGGGCCUCGCUGAUCAAGAAGGAGAUCCAUGGGUCCAUCCCACACCUGGCUGAGCCGUCUGUACCUUACCGUGGGACACUGUUUGCCAUGGACCCCCGGAAUGGGUACAUGGAGCCUCACUACCACCCUCCUCAUCUUUUUCCUGCAUUCCAUCCACCUGUACCAAUUGAUGCAAGACAUCAUGAGGGGCGUUACCAUUAUGACCCGUCUCCUAUUCCUCCCUUGCAUGUGCCUUCUGCCUUAUCUAGUAGCCCAACGUACUCGGACCUCCCCUUCAUCAGGAUCUCCCCGCACCGGAACCCCACUGCAGCCUCUGAGUCCCCCUUCACUCCACCACAUCCCUACAUUAACCCUUACAUGGACUACAUCCGGUCCCUGCACAGCAGCCCGUCCCUGUCUGUGAUCUCAGCAGCCCGGGGGCUGAGCCCCACUGACGCCCCCCAUGCUGGAGUCAGCCCAGCGGAAUACUAUCACCAGAUGGCUCUGCUGACGGGCCAGCGCAGCCCCUACGCAGACAUCAUUCCAUCAGCCGCCACCGCCGGGGCCGGGGCCAUCCACAUGGAGUAUCUCCAUGCAAUGGAUAGCGCGAGAUUCCCCAGCCCCAGGCUGUCAGCCAGGCCGAGCCGGAAGCGUACCCUGUCCAUAUCACCACUGUCCGAUCAUAGCUUUGACCUUCAGACCAUGAUAAGGACAUCUCCCAACUCCUUGGUCACGAUUCUCAAUAAUUCCCGUAGCAGCUCUUCAGCCAGUGGCUCCUAUGGUCACUUAUCUGCAAGCGCAAUCAGCCCUGCCUUGAGCUUCACCUACCCUUCUGCACCUGUGUCUCUCCAUAUGCAUCAACAAAUUCUAAGUCGACAGCAAACCUUGGGCUCAGCCUUUGGACAUAGCCCUCCGCUCAUCCACCCUGCCCCAACUUUUCCAACACAGAGGCCUAUUCCAGGGAUCCCUACUGUUCUGAACCCUGUCCAGGUCAGCUCUGGCCCUUCAGAGUCCUCACAGCACAAGCCCACAAGUGAGUCGGCCGUGAGCAGCACUGGUGACCCUAUGCACAACAAGAGGUCCAAGAUCAAACCCGAUGAAGCACUCCCCAGCCCGGGUGCGCGGAGUCAGCAGGAACAGCCAGAAGGAACAACCCUAGUGAAGGAGGAAGGGGACAAAGAUGAAAGCAAGCAGGAGCCUGAAGUAAUCUAUGAGACCAACUGCCACUGGGAAGGCUGCACCAGGGAGUUUGACACCCAAGAGCAGCUGGUGCACCAUAUAAAUAAUGACCAUAUCCAUGGUGAGAAGAAGGAAUUCGUGUGCCGGUGGCUGGAUUGCUCAAGGGAGCAGAAGCCCUUCAAAGCCCAGUAUAUGUUGGUAGUGCAUAUGAGAAGACACACGGGGGAGAAGCCUCACAAAUGCACUUUUGAAGGUUGUACAAAGGCCUACUCGAGACUAGAAAACUUGAAAACCCACUUGAGAUCGCACACUGGAGAGAAACCAUACGUCUGUGAGCACGAGGGCUGCAACAAAGCGUUCUCCAACGCCUCAGAUCGCGCCAAGCACCAAAACAGAACACAUUCCAACGAGAAACCUUACGUGUGCAAGAUCCCAGGCUGCACUAAGCGCUACACAGACCCGAGCUCCCUCCGGAAACACGUGAAGACAGUGCAUGGCCCAGAGGCUCACGUCACCAAGAAGCAGCGUGGAGACAUACACCCUCGGCCCCCACCACCACGAGACUUUGGCAGCCAUUCCCAGGCCAGGUCACCCAGCCGGCCGACUCAGGGAGCCCUUGGUGAGCAGAAGGACCUCAGCAACACUACCUCAAAGCGAGAAGAAUGCCUCCAAGUGAAGACAGUCAAGGCUGAGAAGCCCAUGACAUCUCAGCCAAGCCCUGGUGGUCAGUCUUCAUGCAGCAGCCAACAGUCCCCCAUCAGCAACUAUUCCAACAGUGGGCUCGAGCUUCAUCUGACCGAUGGAGGUAGUGUAGCAGACCUCGGUGCUGUCGAUGAAACCCCAGUCAUGGACUCGACCAUUUCCACCGCAACCACAGCCCUCGCUUUGCAAGCCAGGAGAAAUGCCACAGGGACCAAAUGGAUGGAGCACGUGAAAUUGGAAAGGCUAAAACAAGUUAAUGGGAUGCUUCCACGACUGAACCCCAUUCUACCCCCCAAAGCCCCUGCGGUCUCUCCUCUCAUAGGAAACGGCACACAGUCCAAUAACAGCUGCAACUUGAGUGGGUCCCUGACUCUUCUCCCAAACAGAAGCGACCUGUCUGGGGUGGACAUCACCAUGCUGAACAUGCUCAAUAGGAGGGACAGCAGCACCAGCACCAUCAGCUCCGCCUACCUGAGCAGCCGUCGGUCCUCGGGCAUCUCGCCCUGCUUUUCCAGCCGGAGAUCCAGUGAGGCAUCCCAGGCUGAGGGGCGACCGCAGAAUGUGAGUGUGGCUGAUUCCUAUGACCCCAUCUCCACGGACGCCUCGCGCAGGUCCAGCGAGGCCAGCCAGUGCGAUGGGCUGCCCAGCCUGCUCAGCCUCACCCCUGCCCAGCAGUACCGCCUGAAAGCCAAGUACGCCGCGGCCACCGGGGGCCCCCCGCCCACGCCCCUGCCCAACAUGGAGAGGAUGAGCCUGAAGACAAGGAUGGCCCUGCUCGGGGACGGCAGAGAGUCUGGGGUGUCCCUGCCCCCUGUCAACCCUCCCCGAAGAUGCAGCGAUGGGGGCACUCACAAUUAUGGCCGGCGCCAUCUGCUGCCGCGAGAGGCACUGGGAAACAGUGCUAGAAGAGCAAGUGACCCCGUGAGGACAGUCUCAGAGAACCUUUCUCUGCCCAGAGUUCAGCGUUUCAACAGCCUCAACAGCUUCAAUCCUGUGUUGCCUCCAUCGGUGGAAAAGCGUAACUUAGUGCUUCAGAAUUAUACACGGCCUGAGGGCGGCCAGUUCCGUAACUUCUGCUCGUCUCCCUGUCCUCCGAGCAUCAGUGAGAACGUCACCCUGGAGUCCCUGACCGUGGAAGCAGAUGCAAACUUGAAUGACGAGGACCUCCUGCCGGACGAUGUGGUGCAGUAUUUGAAUUCUCAAAACCAAGCAGGGUAUGAGCAGCACUUCCAGAGCAGCAUCCUGGAUGACAGCAAAGUGCCCAACGGGUCCGGCCUGGGAAGCGGGCACAGCGAAUUCGACCCACCUGCGCUGCCGGACAGCCACAUGGGCCAGCCGUACCGGGCUCUCGAGCAGCCCUGUGCAGAUGCCAGCAAAACAGACCUGCCCAUCCAGUGGAACGAAGUCAGCUCUGGAAGCGCCGACCUGACCUCCUCGAAGCUGAAAUGUGGCCAGCGUGCCACCCUGCAGCAGGCUCGAGCCUUUGGAUUAUACAACAGUAUGGUCGUCCACCAGCAGAAUCCGUUCAGGAAUGGGGCUAGCCCAGCUGGGGGAUACGCGACCCUCGGGGAGAAUGGCAGCUCCUACGGUGGCCUGGAGCACUUGGUCCUCCAUGGCAGUGGCAGCACCGGCACCAAUGGAAACGCCUUCCAUGAACAGCCCUACAAGGCCCCGCAGUACGGGAGCUGUCUCAACAGACAGCCGGUCACCCCCAGCGCACUCGAUGGUGCCUGCGGUGCUGGGAUUCAAGGAUCAAAGCUGAAAAGCGACACUGUGCAAGGGAACGGGAGCCAGGUGGAUUUUGGCAUGUCCAUGGCACCCAGUGAGUCAGCUGGCAGCACAGUGACUGGCAUGCAGAACCAAGAGCUGGUGGCACAGGGGUACCUCACUGCUGCGCUCCUCGGUGACAGCAUGCACCACCAAGCGGGGGGCCGCCCCAGCCAGGGGAUGCUGGGGCAGGUAAGUGCUACCUCACAAAUCAGCAUCUAUCCAGGGCCAGAGAAUUGUCUGCCGGGGCCCCACAGUCUUGGCAUGCAGCCCCCCAGCAUGGCAGUGAGCAGGGGCUACCAGCAGUGCACCAGCUAUGGGGGCAUCCGGCGCCAGGCAGGGCCCAGGGGGAGCCUUGCUCUGCAGCAGGGACAGCUCAGUGACCCAAGUCAGACCUGCAGGGUGAACGGCAUCAAGAUGGAAGUGCAGGGGCCGCCCCAGCAGCUCUGUGCGAAUAUACAGAAUUACUCUGGUCAGUUCUAUGACCAAACCAUGGGCUUCAGUCAGCAAGACGCGAAAGCUGGCUCCUUCAUGUCGGAAGCCACCUGCCUGCUGCAGGGGGCCAGUGCUGAAAACUCCGAGUUACUUUCCCCAGGUGCUAACCAGGUGACAAGCACAGUGGACAGCCUCGACAGCCAUGACCUGGAGGGGGUACAGAUUGAUUUUGAUGCCAUCAUUGAUGACGGAGACCAUGCCAGCCUGCUGUCAGGAGCCCUGAGCCCAAGCAUCCUUCAGAACCUUUCCCAUAGCUCCUCCCGCCUCACGACUCCGCGAGCGGCCCACCCCUUCCCCGCGCUGUCCGUGAGCACCACCAACAUGGCCAUCGGGGACAUGAGCUCUUUGCUGACAUCCCUCGCGGAAGAAAGCAAAUUCCUUGCAGUUAUGCAGUAGGCAUUAGGAAAAGGACAGCACACAUGUGUAAAACUGUAGGAGGUUAAAAGAUGAAAUGGACUUCGUUUUUUUUGUU